AAUACGGAGUAUUAUACUCCGAAAUGAGCCAGGAGAGCUGAAAAGACCAACCCCGGCGGCUUUGCGCAUUAGAGCGCAAAGAUCUGUGAUUCACUAACACUGGCUUUGUUACUUCGCGCACGAACAAUGGCAGUAACGUGGCAUGCUCGUCUCUCUGCGACCCUUCUACUGUUUCUAUGUGCAUCAACACGCACCACUGCAGAUGUAAUUCAAGGUUGCGGCGGAUUUGUUGAGGCGAGUCGCGCACUGAUCAAGUCGAGGAAGCCGACUGAUUCGAAACUGGACUAUUCUCAUAUCUCGGUUGAGCUUAGGACAUUGGAUGGGUUGGUGAAGGAUAGAACACAAUGUGCUCCAAAUGGUUAUUACUUUAUUCCAGUAUACGACAAGGGUUCUUUUAUUGUCAAAGUGAAGGGACCAGAAGGAUGGUCGUGGGACCCAGAACAAGUUCAUGUUUCUGUUGAUAAUACUGGUUGCAAUGCCAAUGAAGAUGUUAAUUUUCAGUUCACAGGGUUUACUGUGUCUGGAAGAGUCGUGGGAGCUGUGGGUGGGGAGAGUUGUACUCAAAAAAAUGAAGGUCCACCUAAUGUGAAAGUUGAGCUUUUGUCUCCUACAGAUGAUGUGGUUUCUUCUGUAUUAACAACUUCAUCUGGAACAUAUUCCUUCACAAAUGUUGUUCCUGGGAAGUACACAUUACGUGCAUCCCGCCGUGACUUGAAUAUUCAAGUUAGAGGUUCAGCUGAGGUUGAAUUGGGUUUUGAAAAUGGUGUAGUGGAUGACUUUUUCUUUGUCCCUGGCUAUGAUAUUCGUGGAUCUGUUGUAGCUCAGGGAAAUCCUAUUUUGGGAGUUCAUAUUUAUUUACAUUCUGAUGAUGUCUCAAUGGUUGAUUGCCUUGAAGACCUUGGUAAUAUGCCUGGUGACCGUUCUGACGGAGCAGCUCUGUGUCAUGCUGUGACAGAUGCUGAUGGAAUUUUUACAUUUAAAUCAGUUCCUUGUGGGCUUUACAAGCUUAUACCCUUCUACAAGGGUGAAAACACCAUUUUUGAUGUUUCACCAUCUUCUGCAUCAGUCAUUGUAAAGCAUGAUCACACAACAGUCCCCCAAAAGUUUCAGGUUACUGGAUUUUCUGUUGGUGGCCGUGUAGUUGAUGGUAAUGGUGAGGGAGUGGAUGGUGUUAAAAUUAUAGUUGAUGGUCAGGAAAGAUCCAUAACUGACAAAGAAGGAUAUUACAAGCUUGACCAGGUCACAUCGAAACGUUACAAUGUGGAGGCAAAGAAGGAACAUUAUAGAUUUAAUAGACUGAAUGACUUUUUGGUUUUGCCAAAUAUGGCUUCGAUUGCUGAGAUCAAGGCUUUGUCAUAUGAUGUAUGUGGAAAUGUCCAGACUGUUAAUAGCGACUAUAUGGCCAAGGUAACACUCACUCAUGGACCAGAAAACAUGAAGCCUCAAGUGAAAAAGACAGAUCAGAGUGGCAAUUUUUGUUUCGAGGUUCCACCUGGUGAAUACCGUUUAUCUGCUAUUGCAGCAAAUCCUGAGAAUGCUCCGGACCUUCUGUUUUUUCCUCCUUAUGUUGAUGUUUCAGUCAGAAAUCCUUUAUUAGACAUUGUAUUUAAUCAGGUUCAAGUCAAUAUAGUUGGCUCUGUCGUAUGCAAAGAGAAGUGUGGUUCUUCUGUUUCUCUUACUCUUGUGCGCCUGGAUGGUAAACACAAGGGUGAGAGGAAGAUAAUUUAUUUGACAAAUGAGAGCAACGAAUUCCUAUUCUCAAAUGUCCUUCCUGGUAAAUAUAGGGUUGAGGUAAAGAACAACUCCCCAGGAACGCUAUCAGGAGAAGAUAGAUGGUGUUGGGAUGAAAGCUUUAUCAAUGUCAAUGUUGGAACUGAAGAUGUUAAAGGACUAUCAUUUGUUCAGAAAGGGUACUGGGUUAAUAUAAUUUCGAGCCAUGAGGUAGAUGCUUUCCUCACGCAACAAGAUGGCUCUCUUGUGGACUUAAAAAUAAAGAAGGGAUCUCAGCGCCUAUGUGUGGAAUCUCCUGGAGUGCAUGAACUGAACUUUCGUAAGUCAUGUAUUUCCUUUGGGAGUUCCUCUUUGAGGAUUGAUACUUCUGAUCCAUCGCCUAUCUCUUUGAAAGGAGAGAAAUAUCUUCUCAAAGGUCAAAUCCAUGUAGACCCAAAUUCACUUGGUGGUUCAGAAAAUUUGCCUCAGAAUAUACAAGUUGAUAUUUUAGACACAGCAAAUUCUGUUGUUGGUGGUAUUACUGCAAGCCCUGUCCAUAGUGAAUUUGAUCAAUCCGCUACUGCAGUUUAUGAAUAUUCAACAUGGGCAACACCCGGAGAUAAAUUUAUAUUUGUUCCUCGAGACUCUCGGGAUGAUGGGGGAAAAAAGAUACUGUUCUAUCCUAGGCAGCAGCAUGUCUCUUUGACGCAAGAUGAUUGCCCUCCAAUCAUUUCUCCAUUCUAUGGUCGCAUAGGAUUAUAUAUUGAAGGAUCUGUAUCACCCCCUCUCUCUGAUAUUAACAUCAAAAUCAUUUCUGCGGGGGAAAGCCGCAGUGCUCCUCUUAAGCAUGGUGAUGUAGUAGUUGAAACUACUACUGGGGCAGAUGGCCUUUAUGUUGCAGGACCUUUAUAUGAUGAUAGUAAUUACAGUGUAGAGGCUUCAAAGUCUGGUUAUCAUGUAAAGCCUCUAGGACCUCAUUCCUUUUCUUGUCAGAAGCUUAGUCAAAUAUUUGUGCGCAUAUAUUCAAAGGAUGAUGCAAGAGAGCCUUUUCCUUCAGCACUCUUAUCACUGAGUGGUGAAGAUGGUUAUAGGAACAACUCGGUAACUGGUGGUGGUGGAACUUUUAUUUUUGACAAUUUAUUUCCAGGGAGUUUUUAUCUCCGACCUCUGCUUAAGGAAUAUGCUUUCUCACCUCCAGCACAGGCAAUCGAACUUGGUUCUGGUGAAUCCAGAGAGAUAGUCUUUCAUGCCACUCGAGUUGCAUACAGUGCCAUGGGAGUUGUUGCUCUCUUGUCUGGUCAGCCAAAAGAAGGUGUUUCGAUAGAAGCUCGAGCAGAUUCAGAAGGCUUUUAUGAGGAGACAGUAACUGAUUCAUCAGGAAAUUAUCGCUUGAGGGGGCUACUGCCCGAUACUACUUAUGUAAUCAGAGUUUCAAGGAAGGUUGAAUAUGGUAGCCAUCAUAUUGAGCGUGCAUCUCCAGAGUACAUGACCAUUAAGGUUGGAUCUGAGGAUUAUAGGGGGUUAGAUUUUGUUGUUUUUGAAGAGCCAGAAAUGACCAUCUUAAGCUGUCAUGUUGAGGGGCAGAGAAUGAAAGAACUUCACUCACAUAUCCAGGUGGAAGUGAAGUCCGCUACUGACCCACUGAAGAUUGAAUCUGUAUUCCCGCUGCCUCUUUCGAACUUUUUCCAGGUGAAGGACUUACCAAAAGGUAAGCACCUUCUACAACUUCGAUCUGCUAUGCUAUCUGGCACCCAUAGAUUUGAAUCAGAAGUUAUUGAGGUUGACUUGGAGAAACAUACCCAAAUUCAUGUGGGCCCACUCAGAUACAAGAUUGAAGAGGAUCACCAGAAACAGGAAUUGACUCCAGUUCCAGUAUAUCCUCUCAUUGCUGGAGUCUCAGUUAUUAUACUUUUUAUCAGCAUGCCAAGAUUGAAGGAUUUAUAUCAAGCUAUUGAAGGAUCAGGAUCAGCUAGCCUAAGAAAAGAUGCCAAAAAACCCUCCACAAGGAAAAAGACAUACUGAAACUUGAGGUGUGUCUGUCUUCCAUUUUGUAGGAGCUUGAAGGUUUGAUUAGUGGUAUGUGUAAUUCCAGAUGCAUCACAUCAUGACAUCAGUUUGGUGAAAGUAUAAAUUUGAUAGAUAACAGAAUACGCAUCAUUGCAUCAAAUUUUCCAAAGCUGCGCCAUAAGCCUGUCAGAACAGUAGCUGAUAGAUUAUUAAUUUCAAAUUUUGACGUCCUUGUACUCUCAUCGUUGUAGCUAGGCAACACUAACAGGAAUAUGGAUGAUAAAACCAAUCUAUUUAUUGAGAUCCCUUUUGUAGGGUGUCAGGUUUUUGGACUACUUAUUUCAUGAUUAGAAGCUUCUUGUGCG